GAUGCCCAAGCGGGUAACACGUUACCAGCGUGAUACCCCACCAACCCCUCAUCGCAAAUCUAUUUUGACGGACAGGAGUCCGAGAGAUUUCAUUUUUAGGAAUUGCCUUGGUUAGUAUUUCACUUACCUAUUUGAACUGCUUUAAGGUCUAGGUCGGCAGCGCAGCGCUAUCCAUCCUUCUACAAUGUCCGUCGUUGAUGUCGUAUCGCCGAGAGUCAUAGAACAAGGUCAAAAAGCGUGGAGCACAGUCAAGGAACAAUGUGAAAAAAUCAACAAGCCUGCUACUGGUCAGUCUAUUGGCCACUGCACUCCUACACACGAUUGCAAAUUGGCCAUGGAUUAUGCGAUUGAGGAUGCUGCUAUGAACGAUACCGUAGCAAAAAGCACUCAGAGAUUACUGGCGCUAUUGAUAUACUUUCCCAAAGGAGCGGUCAUCGGUGAUAGUCCUACAUUGGUGAUACCUAUACACAUUGAAGGGACCGCAAAGAUUGGUCAGAUCAAUAUUGAUACGAAUCACUAUUACGAAGUAAGAAGCAGAACCAUACUGGAAGUUCCGGAGGAAUCUAAGGUCUCUGCGAUUGUCCUGUCGUGGUGACGUCAGAGUUUUAGCACCAUCCAUGUAUCAUAGUAAUAAACACUCCAGUGAAGUACAGAUCAUUCCCAUAUUAUAUCAAUCUUAAUUCAG